AUGGGCAUAGAACGCAACUUCGCAGGCGAUCACAAGGCGCACCUGGGUUAUUGGGGUCCUCCAACUUCUGUGGCCAACUUUUGUGAAGAAGAUUACGCUGUUACUCUAUACAUCGCAGAAUUCGUCAAUAGCUUCACGAACCUUGCAUACGUAUACUGGGCGUUUCGGACGCUGUUGCCCGGAGAGAGCUUGCUCACUCAGCCCUCCAACCUGGCCCUCUUUUUCGUCGGCGUCUUCUCUCUAGUCUUCCACCUGACUUUGAAGUAUGAGACUCAGGUCUGCGACGACCUGUCCAUGUUCUGGGUAUGUGCAGCCCUCGUAUACGAGCUGUACACCCUGGGUUGGUCAAAACCGGCAAAGUUGUCAUUCGCUUUCAUCUUGACCGCUGUUCUCGGGGUCAUCAGUGCCUACCAUUACGCGCUCCAUCAGCUAUGGUUGCACAACACGACCUUUAUCGCCCUGGUCACCGCCAUCUGGCCAAGAGUCCUGUAUCUGAUCCGCACCCGAUUCAAGGGUGAGAAGAAACAAUACUGGACCAAGCAAUUCCGCGUGGGAGGUCUGUGCUUUCUGAUGGGAUUCGUCGUGUGGGCCAUUGACGGAGCGUAUUGCGGCGCCCUGCGAGAAACCAGAAAACAGCUGGGGAUCCCUCUCGCUUUUGUCUUGGAACUGCACGGAUGGUGGCAUAUCCUCACAGCCCUCGGCGCAGGGUAUUGUAUCCGAGUGACCAAGGUCCUUACCCAGGACCACGCGUCUGCGUAA